GACAUAAAUUAAAAUUUAGUCAUGAGUGAAACAUUACUCGAACCGGAAUUUUUUAAAAAAGAUUGAAAAUGUGGUUUUGGCAAACUUUAUUAUGUAAAUUAAAUAUGCAGUAUUUUAAAUUUACGGUAGCACGACAACUGUAUACUGCGUUUACAUGUUUUACCGAUUCUAAGUAUAGAGUGUCUCCUGAUUUACCAUUAGAAAAUUUGAAAAAAUUUACAUUCGUAAAUAAAGAAAAGAUAAUUGAUGACUGCAAAGUUGCAGAAAACAUUUUGAAAAGUCCAACAUUACAACUUCAAUCUUGUCUGAACAAAAAUCAAGAAGAAGUUGCAAAAAAUGAAAAUGAAUUAAGAGGAAAUAUCGUAACAUUUGUAAAUCCAACGCCAAAGGAAGCUCCAGAAGAAAAAUAUGUCAUUGAUGAUUUGCCAAACAUUAAAGCUUUAAUAAACAAAAAGCAGGAAAAUCAGAUUGUUGUGCAAGAUCGAACAGAAAAAUGGCUUGAUUUGCACAACACUUAUAGGAAACCCAAUAAAUUAAAUUUAUUUCCUGUUGGUGAAGAUUCAUCCAAGAAAAGAAAGAAACCAUCAACCAAAUCUGACGAGCCCGAUAACGUGCCUCCUUUAAGGAAUGUUCCUGAGAUAAGGGAGUUAUUCAAGGAAAUCACCUCAAAAAACAGCAAACAUAAAAAAGGAAAAUUUAAAUUAAGCGCAUCCGCUGACGAUGACGAAGACUGUACCACAGUUCCAGAGGAUCAAGCAGAAGAGAUAAAACCUCCGGAGGAACCAGAAGCAAAGCCAGAAAAAAAGGAACCUGAUGUGGACAACAUUGUGAAGAUACCCACUGAACCUGUCGGACCGGGUGCUCACAAAGACGGCGAAUAUAAAAACCCCGAAUAUUUUUCCUACAAUAACAUGAGCUUUUUCGACGCACUCACCGAGUUAUCCAAGUUCAGACAACCACAACCAAGCAACAAAACACCAAUCAAAGAAAAGUAAUCGUAAACAAUAAAAAAUGUGACUAAUGAAGUUGUAACGUUGGCGUAAUAAAAAUUUAAGACCGUA